CUAACCACUUCCUUUGAAAUUCCCUAUUUCCCUCCAAAAUGAAGUGAGAGAUGACUUCCAUCUUUUGGGGGAAAAUACCGUACACAAUCUAUAGUUUUCCACACACUUGCAGUUGAGAUGGCCGAUGACUGGACGCAAGACCCAAGAUUUAAUCAUUUUUGGAUGAAUUAUAGACAUGGACAAUCUUGGUAUACCAAACAUCAAAUAAGUCUUUUUAGAUCUAAAGUUGUAUCUACUGACUAUGAAAAUUCAUUUCUGUACUGGCUGUUGGAACAGUCUCAAAAGUUUGGAGCACAAGAUGUUUCUUCUGGAUCUAUUGAGCCAUUAACAUCAUUCACUGAGGAUUGCAAAAGUGAAAGAAAAGCUAAAGACAAUGAAAUUGAGAUGGAAAUAACAGGGGAUAUGCUUGAGUUUCUCAAAACAUCCAUGAAACAUAAAAAACAAAGAGAUCAUAUAAAUGUCACACAAGAAGUUACAUACAUCAAUGUGGAUGAGAUCCCAGUAGAACAUAGUGCUGCUGAUUCCCAAGAUCAUGUUUCUUCUUGCAAUCUAAAUGAAACACACUACAAAGACUAUGUUGAGAUUUAUGGUGACAAUGCUCCAAGAAUUCAGGCAAUGGAAACAGCUAUACAGCUUAACUUCAGAAGAAAUUGUGAUAGAAAGCAGCCUAAAUUGUGGCCAAAUAUGCCUUUGCAGCUAUGAAAACCAAACUUUUAGAGUUCAUUUGCA